AUGUUCGAGUCCAGAAGGGGAGAUGGGGAGCAUCCUGCUCGACCAUCACUCUCGACUAUUCAGUCUGAGGUGGAGGAAGGACAUCACGAUACAGCAUCAACGGCGCGAACAGAAACUAACCCACUCAAAACGAGAGGAUCGACUUCCCUUGGGCGCAAAAACUCAAGCAAGCCCAGUGUCUUGACCCGCGCCGAAACGCUGUCUUCCAAACCAACUCUGACUCGUGUACCUUCUAUCCAGACACGAUACAUGGAGAUGCUGUUACACCUAGAUCAAAUUCCUCGGCUAUACAAUAUCCUGGCCAGCCUGUUCACCUGGAUUUUGCUCGCGGGCUUUCUCGUCGUCCCCGGUACCUUUACAACUUUCAAGAAUUCCAAGGCGUUCCAAGAUGCCGACAACGAUGAUGACGCUAACGAGGUUGCUCACGCAAUUGUGCACUCGAUUGCGCAUAUUGGUCUGCUGUGGCUAUCUGGUUCGUUCUGUGUCGUUGGGACUCUGGGAUGCCUCUGGCUGUGGCUUCGUUGGCGCAAGAACUAUGUCUGGCUGAUAAACCGCAUCUUUCUACCAGUCACGCUGAACUCCGUCGCCGGCUUGAUCACAACUCUCGUCAACGUCUAUACUGCCCAGCAUGGUGUAUGGAGUGUGACGGCGAAAAUCACUGCUAUCGUGACAGGAUCCUGCGUUGGGGUGGCAGGGAUUCUUUUCGGGUUCUAUAACUUUUGGAUAUUACGCAGGAUACAACAGGCACACGCAAGAGAAACGGGCCUCAAUGCUCAGCACGAGGACGAGACCCUGGUGGAGAAGGUGAAAAGGAAGGCUCAUGAGCCUCCGUUGCAGUCCGGCAGUGUGGUUUGA